AUGAAAGAAGCGGACGAAGGGGAAAAUAACCCCGAGAGGGGGAAAAAGGGAGCGGAUCAGGAGCAGGAGGAAGAAGAACAGGAGGAAGAACAGGGCAGCCAUGAAGUUCGUAAAAACGGAAGAGCAGAAAAGGAUAGUGCCAUCAUGAAUUGUACCCAACAUGAGGACCACUUUAGCACGCCCCCAUAUGAUAGUUACCAACGCAAAGGCGGAAGUGAAUUUAAGCCGAAUGACCUACAGUUGGAGGCACCCCUGGGCGAACCGCGUCUUUACAGAUACCCCUCUGCCGAAGGAGUGGACGAAGCGAACACAAACACACACACAUAUAAGGGUAACUCCAGUUAUAAAGAAGCACAAGGCGGAACAAUAGAAGCAGUUCUGACCGAAGCCCUUCCGAACGAAGCCCUUCCGAACGAAGCCCUUCCAAACGGAGCCAUUCCAAACGAAGCCCUUCCAAACGGAGCCAUUCCAAACGGAGCCAUUCCAACGGAAGCCCCUCACGUGGUGGACAUGAACUGCGACGAUGUGCACUCCAUUGUAGAUUAUUUGAUAUCCGUGGAGAGGGAAGAAUUUAACGAGAAGUGCCCCUCCCCGGGUGGCAGCCAUGAUGACACAGAUGAUGACACCCCUGAUGGCCGAUACGAUGACCCCGACCCCCCCAACGCGUCGACCAAAAACAGCCAAACGGAUCACAUGGACAAGUACGACAUAAAAUACAGGCACAUUUUCAACUCAAUGAUAGAUUACAUUUUUUCCCAUCCUAGUGGUCGUUUUUUGGAAAUAAGCAGUAAGAGGGAGGGGGACGAGGGGGGUAACAGGACUAGCGGUAGGGGUCUGGGCAGGAGAAGACGGGGGGGUAGUGUAUUGCGUAGGAGGAGAAGACCGAUCAGAUGGUACAGUCCCUGCACACAUGGUGGUUCGUCUCACCCCGAUGACUCCUCCGAUAAACGGAUGGAAAGGACAGAAGAGACCACUACCAGCGAGGAGGAAUCCUCAAAAGGAUGUCAGCUAAGUUGGCAGAAAUGCAGCCAUAAUGAUGGAACAUGUGUCCGUGAGGUGGAUCCUCCGAACAGGGGAGAAGAUGUGGCCUCCUCAAACGAUGAAGAAAGAGCAGAGCCAACACAGAGAGGAAGGGGUGUAUUAUACCACUCAGCGGAGGUGCCUUAUGGGAGACCUCAGAUUGUGCAGAAGGAUCAACCAAGUGGGAAGCUCCUUCCAAGUGAGAAACACCUUCCAAGUGGGAAACACCUUCCAAGUGGGAAACACCUUCCAAGUGGGAAGAUCCUUCCAGGUGACAUUAGUGGAAGCCAUUUCAAAAGAGAAAUCGUCGCCAUGGAAGCCUCCUCCGAUUAUGUGAACUCUGGGUGGAGGACAAGAGGUCGGUGGGGAGACCACUCCCAUUCGAAUGACCACCCGAUCGUUAAAGAUGAAGAAGAGAAAGCAAACUCGAGGGAGACACACAACAGUCAAGUGGAGAAGACACACAAAGUACACACUAUAAGGGCAAGGAUAGAGACACUUCAUAAAGGAAUAUUUUCCAGCCUUAAUAAGCUAAGGAGUAAUCACCGUGGAUGUACCGUGGGAGGAGACCCUCAAGGAGAAGACAGAAAGGAUGAAAAUAUCCCCACAGUGGCAAAUAGACCGCGUAGAAAUUCUAUUUUCACCGAUUUCAACUUCGCGGGUCACCUCCCCCUGUACAAUGCCCCCAGUGAGUGGCGAAGUGGAGAAGUGUAUGUACAUCCUCAGGGCGAAAGGAAGAAAAGCGUGAUAAGAAGCGUAGAUAGAAUUAUCUGCACCCUUUUCUCUGAUAGAAGAAAGACUAUCCUCUCAUGUGUGAGCACCGAUCAGGACAUACAUGUUUGGAGCCACGUCCGUUUCGCUGACUUUAAUUUCCCCCACGGAGAUGUCACCCAGGUGGGUCCGUCUUAUCUGGAACCUCCCCCAAGUGGAAAAACCUCCAACGGUUACUCCUCCCUUUUGUGCACUGGCAAAAAGAGCAGGUGUAAAGUGGAGAAGGUUGACCAGGUUGACCAGAUUGACAAGGCUGAUAAGGCUGACCAGAUUGACAAGGCUGAUAAGGCUGACCAGGUUGACGAGAUUUAUUUUCUGGACGAGAUUUACCAAAUGGAGAAAACCCAAUUUUACUUCCACCUCAGGGAGUUCACGAGGCAGCAGUACAAAAUGAAUAUCCUUGGAGAGUAUCUCCAGGUGAAGCAUCUUACUGAAUCGAAUCGGCAUUUGGGGGGAGAUCCCUCCUCCACCCGAGGCGGCAAGUACAACAGCGCUCACUUCACUCGUAGAGAGAUACACAUAAAGCGCUUCGAACUUCUGCAGCGAUAUUAUUUACAAUUUUUAAGCAAGUUCUACUUGGAGGGGGAGACUUCCACGGAGGAAGCAAGCUUGAUCCGGUUGAAGUGGCACAUGUACGGUUUGGACAGAUCCUCCAGCGACUGUGUGGGUCAGCGGCAGGGGCGGGGCCUUUCCUCGUUGGAAGUGUCACAAGUGGAGACCACAAAGGUAGCGUCUUCACGACAUUAUCUCCCUGCUGAUCUUUCGAGACAGUUGGAGGGUAGCCUCUCGGGGUGGCCUCGCUUCCACAGCAGCGACAACGCUGAUCAGGACGUGAAUCAGGAGGUCGCCCCUCACCCCAGAGCCAGUGCCACCGCCAACACCCCGAUGAGUACCAAGGACAUUUCGGAAGCGCGCCAGCUGAGGCUCCUUUACAGGUGCAAAAGGAAGAUAAGACGUUUUUUACGAAGCGGGAGAGUGAACAACCCGGAGAAGCUGCCCCUUAAGAAGAUGAGGAAAAUUGUAAAGUCCUUGUGCGCACUGUGCGCCGUUAGGUAUAGGUCGUUCCUUUCGCAUGAGCUGUUCAGGUUUGUUUCUAAAUCGGGAAGGCGUAUGAAGCGUGUCAAGAAGGAGAAGCGGGAAGGAAUAGAAGGGCAGUUGGAUCGAAAUGAGUGGGAGGAGCUUCCCCACCAGGCGAACCUCCCACGCCCCACCGCGCAAAGGUGGCCAGUAAAAAUAACCCUGAAGAAGAACUUAAAAUCGUGUAGAAAUCUCCAACUGGAGAAGCACUUCAAACUGGAUGACAGGCUUGAGGGGAGUGGCAGAAAUGGGGGGAUGGUCAAGGAGAGCGUGGAGGGGCAGGCUAUGGAGGAGCCCCCAAAUCCACCAGUCCUAGAUGAUCCUAUCGGGUCUACCACCGCACCUCCAAGUGAGGUUCCUCCCCAUCCCAACUCACUCAUCGAAGAGGUGAAAAAAGCGAACAUGAUAAAAAAAGACACAGUCCAAGUGGAAAGGAAAAAGACAGGGGAAAAAUGCGGAAGGGACAUAAAGGGAUCCGACGAGGAUAAGAAGAAGAGAAAGACCCACACAGGCAAAACAGAAAACGAUGAAGAUUUGACGAAGAAAAGGAAGAGGAGGAGUUGCCCCCCCAGUAGAUACCUCCCGGGAGGUGGUAUUAAAACUGACGAAGCGGAUGAACAAAGGAGAAAAAUAAAUACCAGCGCCUACCGUAGUAAGUAUUCCCGGGGCACCACUUCACCCAGUGAGGAGCAACCAAAGCGCAGCAGAUCGGGUUGCAAAACACGUAGGAAGGAAUCCCAAGAAAGGUGCAUUUAUUAUGUUUACGUGAAGGGGCAACUGGGGGUCUAUUUGAGUCCCCAAAUGGAGGUGAUUUAUGAGGGGCGCAAUUUAUUUUUUAAAGGGGACGAUAGGAAGAGGCAACAACCCUUGGACAUGCACUUCGACGAGGUUUUUUCCCGCGUCUUCUUCGGCAAAGUUUUGACGACAUGUGUAGACGAGAUCAGCGUUAGGAAGGUCUCCAUCGGGUCCCCCCAAAGAGGGGGCGGCAGCCAUGAAAGGGGAAAGAGCGAUGGAAUGGGCAGAAACCGUAGUAUCCGUAUCCGUAACAGCUGUAUUAGCAACGCCCGCGGCAGUGGUGACCGUCGCAGCGUCCAAGGAAGACCUCUCUCCGAAGAGACCAGCACCGAUAAAAGGAAAAACUUAAGAAAACGCGUCACCAUAUGGAAAAGCACCACCAGUAACGUCCAGAAGCUGAAGAGAUACCAAAUUGUGACUCUCUUUCAAAUUUUGUACCAACAUUUUUAUAAAUUCUUUUCCAGGCUGAACGUGUGUUCCUUGCUGGGGACGUAUUGCAGUGGCCGUUUUGUGAGUGAGGAGGGGUGGGAUGGACGUGGUGAAAGCACCUCCCAAGUGGGGGAUCCCCCCCCUCGCGAAAUGGACAAAGUGGACGAAUCGGAGGAAGCGCAGAACGCAUAUUACUACCACACCUUUUUGAGGAGAUUCACCCCCCUGAGGGAAAAAAAAACUGCGGUGAUCGCGCCCCAAGACUUCUUCAAAUCUGUUAACAGAAAUUUCAUCCGGACAGUCAUUUAUCAUGUGAAUAAAACGCUGGGUGAUUUUUCUUUUAUUGAAAAAUUGUUCCACGAAUAUGAACAUGUCGAACGGGUGUGUGCAGACAAAAUGGGGAAAGCGUUUUGGGAUUGCUGUGAUGAUGAGGUGACCUUUCGUGAGGAGGAUCGAUAUUAUAACGUCAUUAAGGACCACUUCGUACAAGUCAUUGUCCCCUUUUGCGAGGAAAAUAGGGGUUAG